UUAUGAGUGUCUAUUAGUUAAAUGUCUAUCAAUCAUCACCCUUAAAUUUUCCUCAUAUUGAAUGUUGAAGCUACCAAAAUCGAUCAACAACAUUGUUAAACUUCAAAAAAUAGAAAACAUUGUCGAUCAAUUAAUCCAAUGGCUGCUUUAAUCUCACACAUGCUCAUUAUCCCCUUGUCCAAAACGCACCGAGCUAGCUUCCGAUCAAAACCAAUCCCACCACCACCAUCAUAUCUCACCCAAAACCAAAAGUCAACAAACCUCACCGUCCGCAACAACAACAACAACUCCUCCGCCGCAACACCGUCAACCGCCUCCUGGCGCGAAAUCCACGGUGAGAACGAAUGGGCCGGGCUUCUGGACCCCAUGGACCCAACCCUCCGACAAGACCUGCUCCGCUACGGGGAGAUGGCACAAGCCUGCUACGACGCCUUCGACUUCGACCCUUACUCCAUGUACUGCGGCACCUGCCGCUUCAAGCCCGGCAACUUCUUCAACGCUCUCGGCAUGUCCCACCACGGCUACACCGUCACGCGCUUCCUCUACGCCACCACCAAGAUGAACCUCCCUAGCCUCUUCAAGAAGUCUCACUGGCCCAAGAUGUGGAGCAAGCAUGCAAACUGGGCGGGGUACGUUGCUGUUUCGGACGACGCCACCUCAGAGCAGCUCGGUCGCAGGGACAUCGCCGUGGUGUGGCGCGGCUCCGUCUCGUACCUGGAGUGGAUGGCAGACUUCGUGAUGAUUUUCCUCAAACCCAUCUCGCACUUCCUCCCUUGCCCCGAUCAAGCAGUUAAGGUGGAACAUGGGCUUUUGGAGCUUUACACCGACAAGAAACAAAACAUCGAUUCCUGCAAGUUCUCAGCAAGGGAACAAGUUCUUUUAGAGGUGGAGAAGUUGAUGAAGAUAUAUCACAACGAGGAACUCAGCAUCACUGUCACGGGCCACGAUCUAGGGAGCGGGCUGGCUACACUUAGCGCUUACGACAUCGCUGAAACAAGGUUGAACGUGAAGAGAGAUAGCCAUGUCGUUCCGGUUUCGGUGAUAUCAUUUUCGGGUCCGAGGGUUGGGAAUGGGAGGUUCAAGGAGAGGCUGGAAAUGUUGGGGGUGAAGGUGCUGAGGGUGGUGAACGUGCAUGACGCGAUACCCACGAUACCAGGGUUUGUGUUCAACGAACAGAGGUCCCCAGCAGCGAUGAAGCUCGCGGAGGAUUUGCCGUGGAGUUAUAUGCAUGUCGGGGUGGAGCUGGUGUUGGACCACAAGAACUCGCCUUUCCUAAACCCCAAUGAAGAUUCUGCCCUUGCUUGUGCCCAUAACUUGGAGGUUCUUUUACAUUUGAUUGACGGAUACCACGGAAAGGGGCAAAGGUUCGAGCUAGCUACCGGAAGAGAUCCUGCUUUGGUGAACAAGGCCUGUGAAAAGACCAUUGCUUGGUUCCACCAAUUUGAUUAUAGAAGUAUGUAAAAGGUUUUUGUUAGAUUUUCUCCUUUUUGCACUCAUUCAACCAAAAUGGUUGAAGUUAGAUACAUGAAAUGGUUGAAGCUAUAGGUACUAAGACGUGGUUUAAAUUUAUACUCAGAUGUGAAUAAUAUAUUAAUAUUAUAGUCUAAAUAAUUAAUUUAUUAA